AUGAAGCACUCCUCCUCCUCCACCACCAUCUCAACCAUUCUCCUUUCUCUUCUCCUCCUCUUCUUCACCAUACACCUCACCCGCGCGGGUGCCAUACCCAACAUUCAAGGCUAUCAAGCCACAUGCAAAUCAGCGGCGGUCGCCAACCCAGUCAUCAACUAUGACUUCUGCGUCUUGACCUUCCAAAGCGAUCCCAAGAGCGGCGACGCCGACACCCGUGGCCUCGCCCGCAUCGCCGCCCUGAUCUCCUUCAACCACUACAACGAUGUCACGUUCAACAUCCAGGACCUUCUCGGUAAGUCACCGGAUCCGGCCACCAAGUUCUGUUUGGAACAGUGCAUGAGUUUGUACAAAUCCAUGCUUGACACGUUGGCUGAGGCUAUGGACGCCAUUAAUCUUAAGCAUGAUGAAACUGCAAAAGGGUUGUUGAAAACAGCGACAGAGGCAGCAAAGAAAUGCGAGGCAGGGUUUGGCAAGGCCGGAGAGGCGUCGCCGUUGACACAAGUGAACCAUGACUCCGUUGAGCUCUCCUCCAUGGCUCUCACCAUCCUUGGUUUUGCUAAUUAG